UAGUGUGCAAUUGAUCUUUUUAGAAGGAUCAUGCGCCUUAACUCAUGAGAUGUAAAAUUUAAUAGUUUCAUCUGAGUUGACUUAUUUUACCAAUUAUUUCAUUGGUUGACGUUCUUUAACAGGUAACCUCUACUUUGGAAAUGGCUUACCCUGGUGGACGCGAAAUAAUCAGGGAAAGCUAUAGACUGAAAAACAUUCCAGAAGAGGCUCACAAUAUCUUUAUCCUUUCGUUGUCAGAUUCAUCUUGGAAGCAAUACGAAAUUGCUCUUAAAAAAUGGUGGACAUUUUGUUGUGAUUCAGGUAUGAAUUAUCUGAAUCCGACUGUUCAUCAAGUUAUAAGUUUUUUGACAAAAGAAUUUAAUAAUGGGGCCGCUUAUGGAACGCUAAACUCCUAUAGAUCAGCUUUGGCUUUACUAGCAGGAUCAAGCCUAGGUCAGGAUGAUAAUGUUAAAAGAUUUUUUAAAGGGGUUGCUAAUGUGAGGCCAAACAAACCUAAGUAUGAGGAAACGUGGGAUCCUAAGCUCGUGCUAGAUUUUUAUAGGAAAUUACCUAUAAAUGAGAAUGGUUGUGUGGAGAAUGGAAAGGCUGAGGCCACUGAGAUUCGGGCUGAAGCAGCCAAUCUGGACCAUGCCACCACAGCGAUGACUCCUGAAUUUGCAGUGGUGAAGUGCCUCUGGAUAUCAAGUCAGCGGGAUUGGAAGUUGUCUAUGAAGUUAAUCAUUUUGUUGGCUUUAACCACGGGUCAUCGAAUGCAGACAUUCGCUUUAAUUAAAGUAAAUCAAAUCAAAGAAGUAGAUAAUGCGAUAGAAAUUAGAAUCCCAGAUAAAGUUAAAACAUCGGGAGUGAAGAGACAGCAACCUAUCUUAAUCUUACCUGAAUUCAAAGAUGAAAUUAAGCUAUGUGUUGCUAAUACUUUGAAGUAUUAUUUGAUUAAGACUAAGGAAAUCCGGGGAAAUGAACAAGCGUUCUUUCUAAGUUAUACAAGACCCCAUAAGCCAGUAGGAGCUCAAACACUUACGUUACAGCAGCUUUAA